AUGUCUUUGACAAUCAGAGUGGAGGAUAAGAUUCAAAGGAUUCUGAACGUAAUUGUCAAGGAAAAGUACUUUGAGAAAGAGAACAUGUAUGUCGAUAACGAUGACCCAGUAGACAUAUACUUUGACUGGCAAAAGGCUUUUGACAAACUCAUCAAAGAUGCAAACCAAGGAGAACGGAGCGGGGGAUUUACCCGGAUUGCACCCACGAGUCCAAGCCGGGGCUUUGGAACCCGCUCCUUAGCGCCCUUCCCGGGGAGCCAAGCCCGCCGCAAGCCCUCCCCCGGGCUCCAGAAGAGCGAUCCGAGAUCGCAGCCGAAGGGGACCGAAGCCGCGAAAAGAACAAGGGAGCGAGUUGGAUCAUCGCCUUCCUUGGGACGGACCGGGAAGCGCCACGAGCCCCGCGAGGUCUCCAGCGAGCGCCCGCCCAGAGUUCUCCCGGCCUGGGGGACAAACCCCCCGGCCGAAGCGCCCCGGCCCAGCUCCGAUGGCCCCGCCGCCGAGGGGCGGAAGAAGCCCGGCUUGCCCGUCCUCCCCCCGCCCAGCCCGCACGGCGCGCGGACAGCAACGCGCGUCCCUUUGUCUCCGCGACACCCGCGAGAAGCGGCGGCUGUUCCGGGGAGAAAGGAAGCCGGACGCCGGCCGGGCAGCGGCCCCAGCCCGAGGUCCUCCCCUCGGGGCGCCCCGCCAGCCACUCGCCUCCGCGCUCCCUCCGUGCCAAGCAGGCGUCACCCCGCGGCCCCGCCGGAGGGUCGGCGUCCGGGGACGUCUGUUCAAUGGCUGCCCCCACUGGCGGGGUCGCGGAGCAGGCCGCGGUCAGUCUCCAGCCACCGCCGCCUAGAGAGAGCCGAAAGCCCGCGGGGCUGCCUUCGGACCGAGCGAGGCGCGCCGUGCAGCUCCUGCAGGGCCGCCCCAAGUCACGGCUUUGGAAGUCGGAGAAGCAGCCCUCGCCGUCCCGCUCGCACAACUGCUCUCCAACGCCAAAAUCCCUGCUGGCCGCCCCCCGCCCCCGCCCCGGCUAGGCCGCUGGGCAGCUUCCAGCCGCCACCGCCAGUCCGCCGCGUCUUCCCCGAGGCUCCCUCGGAGGUGCUGCGCCUCCCGCAGCCCUGCGCGCCUCUCUCCCGCCUCUGCCUACGAGCGGCCAGAAACAGCCGCCCCAAGUUGCCCGUGCCGCACUCGAAAGCCCUGAGCCGGGAAAAGGGGAGCCGUCUCGCACCUCGCCGCCGGGAACGGGGCCCGGCCCGAUGUAAGCGCACCCCCCACCAGCCCCAGCACUCUGCCAACUUCGCUUCUUUUCGGAAAAAGCGCGUCGCCCCGGCCACCUACAAAGCCGCCCCGGCGCGGUUCCUGGGGCCCCGCCGGCGAGCUCCUCGUCCUCCCGACUCUCAUGCCUCGCCCCGGGGCUCUUCCGCCGGGCUUCCCCAACGCAGCCCCUCAGCCUCCGAGCCCCGGCAGCAGCGCUCGCUCCUGCGCCUUCGACCGUCUCCGCGGAACCGGCAGCGCCGCUUCCCUCCCGUUCGCCCUGAGCCACGCAACACCUGCAGCGCCCCCGGGGAUCGUGGCCCCGCUCGCCCCCCGUCCUGCCCCGACGGCGCCAGCCCGUUCGGGGCGUCCUCGCCAGCGGCUCGCGGCUGCGACCACCCCGUCGUCGGCGGGCUCCCUCUCCCCGCAAAAGUCCCCGGAGCGCAGCCCGAGAAGUCGCCGGCUGGAGCGCACGGCGCGGAGGAGGGGAAGGGGAAGCCAGCGAGGGGAGGGGGUGGCGCCCGGCAGCCCUGCCCGGGAGAGCCCCGCGUGCCCCCUUCUCCUCCCCCGCCGCCAGCCUGGCUGGCGGCCGCUGCCUGCCCAGCUGCUGCCGCUCCGAGCGCACGGCUCGCUUUGCCCGCCCCUGCGAGUCUGCGACGCGCCGCGGCUCGGCUCCCUGAAUGA